UUGCAUAGAGAAAAUAGUGAAUGUCAUAAGUUCAGCAUACUGUAGGCAUGUCGUUUACAGGGAUGACAAGUUGAAAUCAAACUCGCUUAUCCUGAACUGGUAUUCCGUACUUGUUAGUUUUGAGUUACAUAAAAUUUUGUAUAAGCAACCCUUUUGAACAUGUACAGUUUUCAGGUUCAGUCAACUUACGUUUACUUAUCAAGCGAGAUAGUUGAUUUGACAGUCAAUGCUCUGAUAUGAUUAUGCGAUCAUGAGUUCCCUUGUGCAGUUUAGCACUGAACGCGUGCAUACCACAUGCCCCUCGUGUGCUUAGUUAUAGUGCAGAUUCUCGAUUUUGUUUGGUAGGAUUUUCGUGCGUCUAAGUUGAGCCUCAGACGAUUGGGCACACAAUUUAGACUCAAUUUGAUAAUCUCAGCGAUGUUUUUCCAGAGUCACGAGUAUUCCUCAGCCUUGCAACAGUGCUCACUUAAAACACUGCAAUCGGUCCUUGUGAAUUUUGAAAUAAAGCUGUUUAGAUUGCGUGUCCGACUGUACUUACUGGUUCUGAUUGCGUUGGUGUUUUGAUACAUAGAAAGGAGACGGGUUACCGCGUGGUUUAGCAGCCUGUGGUAAAAAAGACGUCAAGUCUGCAUUCUAGAGAAACCUCUCAAAAGAGCAAAGAAAGGAAGUCGAAGCGGAGAAGGGGAGGACGGAAUAAGCACGCUAAAAAUCUUUUUCAACAUGAGUUGCAACGGUUGCCGUGUGCUGCGCAGAGGGUGCAGUGACACUUGUAUUCUACGUCUCUGCCUGCAGUGGAUUCAGACCCCUGAAGCUCAAGGGCAUGCCAGUGUAGUGGCUAAGUUCUUCGGUCGGGCAGGGCUCAUGGGCUUUAUUAGCGCUGUGUCAGAAAAUGAACGAUCUGCAUUAUUUCAGUCUUUGCUGUAUGAAGCCUGUGAGCGAACGGUAAAUCCAGUGCUUGGCGCAAUGGGCCUUCUUUGGAGUGGAAAUUGGCAAAUCUGUCAGGCGGCUGUGGAUACAGUUCUCAAAGGAGGCCUCAUUCGCCCUCCGCCUCGCCCGAAUUACACAACACCAUGUUUCCCAGCUUUGGACAUGUGUGGGAACUCCUCUAUUCCUUCAGCUGAGGGAGUCGAUGACCUUACUCAAAUUACUUUAUCUUCAAACGCAUCCGUAAUGAGUUCUUUGGAUACACGCACCAUGAGCCCUGGAAUUGGAUUGCCUGAAGCAAACUACCAGGAGUCUAAAGAAUUCCCAAGCAGUAUUCGUGACAAGGCUAACAACAGUGGUCAGCAUCUGGAAGCAGUCGUGCCACAAAACGCGGAACCGAAUUUCAUCUGUCAAGAGCAUAGACAAUGUGACAGCUGGACCCAGUCAAAGUCGGAUAGAGAGUUUCACAAAGAUGAGCUUGGGCACGAGUUUUUCGAGUUGAAGAAGAGAACUACAGGGGCGUUUGUAGCUUCUCGACGGGUCAGGGCCCGAGUGGAAGCAAGCCCGCCGGCACCUAUACGCUCAGGUGGAGGAGUGCAUGAGGAUCUACUCGUGCCAGCUCAUGGAGACGAGCAGCUUGAGUUGGAUUUGAACUUGAAAGUAAAAGGAGAGAAGGGUGGGAGGUUGAUGGGAAAUACCAGACUGUCCAGUCCUUGUGAGUCAGUAAAUUCUCAAGGAUCUGUCACCAGUCUAGACAGUGCACUUCGUGAACCUUUAAAGCCGCUCAACGGUGCAUUAGGGGUACAAUUUCUGCCAUCACCCUAUUGUACGCUUCUUCCUCUUCUUCAGUGAGUACGCAGCCCCUCAAACUAGUGUAAGGGACGCCGAAGGAAGGUACUGGUGUGCUGCAAUUACUAAUGCAUUUCAAAUUUGUACAAAAGUAUUUCAAGGGUCUUUCUUCGGGCGUCUCAAAGUUGGAAGGGGCAGAAAGUUCAAUAAUGGAUAUUCAGGAGUCGUGAAGAUGUAUAAUGGUGGUGAUAGGAUCGUUGAAUCACACCUCAUGCAUCAAUACCAUUCAAGUACGAAUAGUAGCAUGUUCAUUUCCUCAACUGUCCUCAGUUUCAGUUUUGUAACAAGUGAUCUAUGCUACAUCGCAGAGUCACUACUUGUAGAAAUUAGCCUACCCAAGGUGGGGUUUUGGUUACAGUGAGUGUAGCUUGCCGGAGUUCGUAGGAUGAAAAUAGAAGAGAAAUUAGCACGGAAGGACGAUAACAGCACCGGUAGAGUGUUCCUUGUAAUUUGGCAGAGAUGAAACAUGAGAAACCUCAAAUGAUUUGAUCGUUUGGUGAUUCAGGGUCAUCACAUUGACAGCAAUUGGAUUGAGGGAUCAUAUCUUGAAAACGUUUAGGUGCAUGUUUUUCACAUGCAUGAAUGGAGGAUCUAAGUGCAAUUUGAAAAUCUGUGGUAGCUCUUGGAACAAUGUCAUGAGAGGCCGCCGAGGUUUGCGUAAUCUGUGCAUGAACAAGACUACCUUGGUAAUUUUGUAACGCUAAUGUGCAUGAACGGGAUUUGAGCAAUCUGUACUCACAGAAUGUCACUCGUCAGUACCCUUGCAAAUCGGUGCAAGUUGAACAUGCAGACUGCUGUCUCAAGUUACUGACCAAUUCCAAAACCCUUUGGCUAAGGAGGAUCAGAGCAUCUUAUUGUAUUAAAGACACCGUUUCGAUGAAACCCACCUCGGUAUGUGAAAAUGCCGACGGAGAAUCUGCAUUAUAUUCAGGGAUAGCACGUGAAGCACACGGAGGAAUUGAAAGUAACAUUUUCGCAGAGAAUCAUGACCCUUAAGCGCCCAGAACGACGGCUAUGGUGUUUCUGUAAACGGCUAAGUUGUGAACGCCUCCACCUCUUUGUGAUACUCAACUAAUGCAGUAAAAUGUUGUUAGUUCACUUGGUUGAGCGUUGUAUCGAAUCCACGGCUAGGUGUUUUAUAUUGUUCGUGGAGUCUUUUAACUGAUUUACGACUUAUAAUGUAGGGUGUGAUUUGUGUGUUUUAAUAGCUUGCAUUGCUGAUCAAUGCAGCAGCAUCUGGCAUUGCAAAACUCUAUCAAUGGGUGUAAUAUGAAACCUCCAGGACUCAAAAUGCAAAUUUGGGGCUUAAAUCCAUGAACUGUGAAGCCUAACGAAUAUGUGCUGUCAAGUCGCCCACGAUUGUUAUCUUCGAGCCUUUGAGAUACAGUGAAGCAUAUGUGCGAACAGUGCACGGUGAUGUGCGGAUAAUCGUGCUUUACGAGAACAUGAAUUUAUACCAUUAACUGCAUUAAGGCUUAAAUUUUGUCCUAAAAACAUAUUCCUAGUGCGAGUUACGACCAGUUUCUCAUAACCAAUCCAUUGCAGUUACAUUAUUUUCUGCCGAGACUGGUUGCUAAAUGCCAGAAUCCUGAAAAAUUUACAAACAUUUUCCACGUUUCACGUCCAUAAUCACAUGGUAAAGAUGCCUCAGGUAAACAGGUUAGAUUCAUGUGGAAUUAGUGCCAACGAUUGACAUCAGAAGAACUCUGCAUUUGAUUAGUUGAACAGUAGCUGAUUCUCAACAAGAGAAUCAAGCGAGUCAAAACAUCAACUAUAUUUUUUAUUAGUGGCUUUGUUUCUAAACAGUGUUCAAGCACUGGGACACUUGCCUUUU